GAAGGGUUGAGAUGGGUUCACGUUAUUGGUAUUUACUCCUCUUAGAUUUUCAAACAAGUAAAUAGAUAGGCCAAUUUAUUUUUUGUACUUUGAAAUUCUUUAUCUGCUUCUCAAUGGCGCUCAAUGCUUUGUUGGGACACUCCGCACAUCUGAAACUCUCUACUUCAUUUCAUGGCCAAGUAUUAUCUUCUUCCUCAAAUACUUCUUUUCUGGCUUCUCCUAUUUGUCUCCCCCUUGGAAACCAAUCAUUUUUUUCCAAAAAGCAUUUUGUGGUUUUUUCUGGCAAGAUGUCGGGCUUGGAUGAGGCCAGGAGAAUCAAAAGAGAACGUGAACUUCAGGUUGUGAAGAAGGAUAGAAAAGGGCCUCCAUUAAGGUGUGGAAAAGUAUCACCACCUUUAUCUGUUCCUGAUCACAUUCCUAGGCCUCCUUAUGUAGGCUCAAAUAUACUUCCAGAAAUUGCAAGUGAAUAUCAAAUUCCUGAUUCUCAAGGUAUUGCUAAAAUGAGGGCUGCAUGCAAGCUUGCAGCACGUGUCUUGAACUUUGCAGGAACUUUGGUUAGGCCUUCUGUGACAACUAAUGAAAUUGAUAAAGCAGUGCACCAGAUGAUAAUUGAUGCUGGUGCUUAUCCCUCACCCCUUGGCUAUGGUGGAUUUCCGAAAAGUGUAUGCACAUCAGUUAAUGAGUGCAUGUGCCACGGGAUUCCUGAUUCUCGGUUGUUGCAGAAUGGCGAUAUUAUCAACAUUGAUGUGACAGUCUACCUGAAUGGGUAUCAUGGAGACACAUCAAAGACUUUUUUUUGUGGUGAAGUCAGUGAUGCAUUGAAACACCUUGUUAAGGUAAGUGAAGAGUGCUUGGAGAGAGGAAUAGGCGUUUGCAAGAACGGUGCUCCUUUUAAGAAAAUUGGAAAGAUAAUCAGCCAGCAUGCUGAAAAGUAUGGCUACAGUGUAGUGGAGCGUUUUGUUGGGCAUGGUGUUGGAACAGUGUUUCAUUCUGAGCCGCUUAUUUUUCAUCAUCGAAAUGACGAAGGAGGUUGCAUGGUUGAAGGUCAAACAUUUACAAUUGAGCCUAUACUUACCAUGGGAAGCACUGAUUGCAUUACAUGGCCUGACAACUGGACAGCAGUUACAACUGAUGGUAGUCGGGCAGCACAGUUCGAACAUACCAUUUUGAUAACUAAGACUGGAGCUGAAAUUUUGACUACAUGUUGAUGUGUUUCCUUCUGGAGGAUUAUGCACAAGGGAGAAACCCAUUCUCUUUUGCGUAGAUUCAACAUUACUAUUUCUAUCAGCAAAUAUGAAGUUACUGCUGUACAUCUAGUGAAAAACCUGCUGAGAUGACCAUCUGGAAGCUGGUAGAUUUAGUGCUUUUAUCAAGAAAAAUAACUUCUUAGGUAAAUAGGAGAAACUGUUGUGUUUUAAAAGUUGUAUCUGUUUUUCUUUUGGGUAACAGAAAACAAAAAUGUUGAUAGAAGAAACUGAUAUGAACCUCUAGAAUUUAUUAUUUUAUUUACUUUUUAUAA